AUGGAAAGCAAAAUGGAGGAGAGUGUGAAGCGCUUACGCGAACGCGUAGCCGAGGAAAACGCGAAGCGACCGCGGACCCAGAUGCUGGGCGUGGGGCCGACCAUAGGCCCACGGGAUGCUGCCCGCGCACACGCCGAAGCCGCCGAUGCCGCCGCGAUGUACGCGGCACUCACGCACACUACUGGACAGACGCGCAGCCAGCAGCAAGCAAUGGCGACCAAGCUAGCCGCUAGACGGACCGCCGUCGCACGCGCUGCCAGCAUACACGCCGCCGCCAUCCACGCGGAAACGACCCGUUCUCUGUCGGUACACGCGAUCGCGGCUCACGCAGCCGCAAGGUACGCGGCCACAGCCAGCGUGACGACGGACACCCACGCUGAAAAUGACGACACCGCACAGGCUACAGCAGCACGCGCCGUCGCAGCCCAAAAAACUGCCUCGCGCACAGCCGCCGUACACGCUACAGCGGAGUUCACCAACGCAGCGCGCGCUGCCCACGAAAUCGCCGGGCGCACACUAGCCGCUUUCCCGACCGUCAGCCCUUCGGGAGACGACAGGUACAACACCGCCGGGGCAACCGCCUUCUCGGUGAGGAGGGUAGCUUCAAAUCACGACACCAAACCCGGGAGCGGAAUGGACACGGACAAAACCACGCCCACUAUUAGCCCGCCCAACGAAAGUAUAACAAGCGACAGCUCGACGAGCGACAGCGCAUCGCACACCACUCCAUCGGACACCAGCACGACCUCCGAUGGCCCAACAGGCGACAGUCCAGCUAGCGACAGACCGCAAAUCGAAAUCGAGCUAUCCUCGGACCCGGCGGAGUACGCUGUAUGA